AGGGUUUUAGGGUUCUAUUCUCCGCCCUCUCCCCAUUCACCAGCCACCCACGCAUCGACGGUCACCCAUGGCAAGAAAGGUCGCGCAGCGCAGGCCGGCGGCGCCCCCCGCGCCGCCCGCCGCGAAGAAGGUCACCAAGGUUCCCUCGAGGGCGGCCAAGAGGGCGGCGCCUAAGAAGCAGCAGCUUCUCGAGUCCUCCGACGACUCCGAGGAGGAGCCGCAGCAGCUCCACGAAGAGGAGGAGGAUUCAGACGCCGAGGUCGCCUCUAGCUCCGACGCCGAGGAGCUCUCGGGCUCGGAUGCCGGCAGCAGCGGCGACGAGGAGGAGGAAGAGGAUGACGAGGAGGAGGAGGAGGACGACGAUGAAGAGGACAACGACGACCCCCUCGCUGGCGACUUCCUCGCCGGCAGUGACGACGGCAGUGACGAGGGAGACGACUCUGGAGAUGACUCGGAUGUGUCUGAUGACCCGGAGGCGAGGUCAGCAGCUCUUGAUCGACAGAAUCAACAGACUGAAGUAGACGCAGAGGAGGAACUUGCACUCAACAUCAGAUCAGAAUCCGACGAAUUCCGGUUGCCCACUAAGGAGGAGCUCGAAGAAGAGGCGCUUGGACCACCUAACCUGCCUAGUCUUAAAAGGAGGAUCUCAGAAAUUGUCCGUGUACUAUCAAACUUCAGCAGGCUGAGGCAAGAAGAGGUCCCAAGAAAAGAUUAUGUUGACCAGUUCAAAGCUGACGUGAUGUCAUACUAUGGCUACAAUGAGUUCCUCAUCGAAGCAUUUGUUGAGAUGUUCCCAGCUGUUGAGGUUGUUGAGCUACUCGAAUCGUUUGAGAAAAGACCGCCCGAGUGCUUGCGUACAAAUACGCUGAAGACCCGCAGGAGGGAUCUUGCUGCUGCUCUUAUUCCAAGAGGGUUUAAUCUGGAUCCGAUUGGAAAAUGGUCAAAGGUAGGAUUAGUUGUGUAUGACUCCACUAUUUCAUCUGGUGCCACUGUUGAAUAUAUGGCUGGACAUUACAUGAAACAAGGUGCAAGUUCCUUUUUACCAGUGAUGGCUCUUGCUCCUCAGGAGAAGGAGCGAAUUGUCGAUAUGGCAGCUGCCCCAGGUGGCAAAACCACAUACAUUGGAGCUCUGAUGAAAAAUACUGGAAUAAUAUAUGCAAAUGAGCUCAAUGAGAAAAGGUUGCACGGACUGUUGGGCAACAUACAUCGCCUGGGUGUUACAAAUACCAUAGUUUGUAAUUAUGAUGGCAAAGAGCUCCCCAAAGUACUCGGAAUAAACUCAGUUGACAGAGUGCUGUUGGAUGCGCCCUGCACAGGCACUGGUACCGUCUGGAAGGAUGCACAAAUAAAGACAUCUAAGGACAUUGAUGAUAUCAGGAACUGUGCUUUCGUGCAAAAGCAAUUGCUGCUAGCUGCAAUUGAUUUGGUUGACGCCAACUCCAAAACUGGUGGUUACAUUGUUUACUCAACUUGUUCGAUGAUGAUUCCAGAGAACGAGGCAGUCAUCGACUAUGCCCUUAAAAAGAGAGAUGUGAAGCUUGUUCCUUGUGGAUUAGAUUUUGGACGUCCAGGAUUCAUUCGGUUCCGGGAGCAUCGCUUCCAUACUUCGUUAGACAAAACAAGGAGGUUUUAUCCUCAUGUCAACAACAUGGAUGGUUUUUUUGUUGCUAAGCUGAAAAAGAUGAGCAAUACAAUUCCAGCGUCUUCUGAGUCGUCUAAAGAUCCUGAAGAAGCAGCUGAGGGUGUUGAUGCUAACAGUGAUGAUGAAGAUGAGAAGGAUGUCCCUGAUGAACAACCCCCUCAGUUGAAAAAGAGAAAUCGCAAAGAUGGAAAGAAGAAAAAUGAGCAAGCAAGCAUCCCUGAAGAGGCCGAGGACCAGAAACAAGCACCUGAAAAACUAGCAAAACAGCUGAAGAAUCAUAAGGGUCUGAAGAAGAGUAGUGGACCUAAAAGUGUUGAAAUGAAUGGAGAUAAGGAAGAGACACACACUGAACAAACAGAGCAUGCCAAGAGCUAUAAGGGUUCGAAGAAAAAUAAUGGUCCUAGAAAUGCUGAAAUGAAUGGAGAUAAGAAAGAAGCAAGCAGGGAACAAUCAGAGAGGGUCAAGAUCCAUAAGAAUGUGAAGAAAAGUAGUGGACCUAAAAGUGCUGGAGUAAGUGGAGAUAAGACAGAGACACCCGAUGAACAAACUGAGCAGAUCAGUCACAAGAAGAAACGGUCAGAUAAAAUUAAGAAAUCUGGUUCCAAGAGCACCUCGGAGAUCAAAGAGAAGAAGCCGGUUUCUGACAACAAGCGGAAAAGGAAAUGGCAAUUCAAGCUGAGGCGGGACUGGGAGGCAAAACAGAAGUCUGAGAAGAGGGCAAAGGUAUGAAUGUUGGGGGCUCAAGGAGGCACCAUUAAGUGAAAUUUGAUGUGCUAUAUGAGGAUGUAAAAGGAACAACAGUACACUCAAUUUUGAUCUAUGGUACAAGUUUGUGGCGAAGGAAAACUUUGUUGUACGUGGGAAGUGAUUGUGUAAUUUGACCAUUAUCAUAAUAUUGAAUCCGUCUUGGUUUACUGUAUUA